UUCGUUCACGUGUGCAAUCUCCCUGGAACAUCACGCCUGAUCAUGUAUAAAUCAUCUCGACUUCAGAUUACAUCCCUUUCAAGAAUGGAAGCACGUCGGACCCCAGUGGGGACUCGUUACAUUCCUAAAGCCACCAGUAUGGCAACCAGGGCCGGCCACAAGCGAAAGAACCAGUCAUGCAAAAGUGAAGUCGCGGAGAAAAGAUCAAGAACUGAGGGCCGGGAUGAAGAAAUUGAAGACAAUAUUAAGACCACUGGCCCUUCGCAAGACGUCGUCAAACAGCCGCAUUGCAUUACGACGAUUAUCCAGGAAUGUACGGUGCAAUUUAGUUUCAGAUACAUAGUCUUCAAGAAAUACUACCCGCUUGACCAAGUUCUUAAUCCCCUCAAUACGGGAUAUUUGUUUCAGCAGUUGUUGGACUUUGUCAAUCAGCUGCAUAAUGUCGCUCGCACUCUUUACCGGGAUGUCAGACUGAGCAAUUUCAUCGUGGUUGACCAGAAUAGCGAUGUCAUUGGGGCCGCGACUAUUCACCGAACAAGAACACUCCCUUUCACGCCUGUGGACCUGUUUUACACUCCAAACUCUCCGUACUAUUUUAGACACACUAUUGAGAGUGUUUUCUAUGUUGCAGUGUGGUGCAUGGCCAAACUUCCCAUGGAGACAACUACUGGGUCGGAGUUCCAGAGGUGCAAGGCUCAGUUCCUGAAUUGGGAGCGACGUGGAGCUGGAGCACUUUUUAACGCAAAAAUUGUGCUAUUGCAUGACUACGGACUUGUCGACCUUCCUAUUUCUGAUGAUUACACCACAUUCGUAAAGUGUUGGACGCAGGACAGAAGGCGAUCACAGACAUGAGACGAGAUCUAAAAAUUCUGGGAAUCGUCCCAGCGGAUAGCUUCGAUAUAGAGACAGGCGGUCAUAUCACGUUUGAUAACGCGAAAAGAGUGGGUAUGGAUGUCGUUUCCGGGGAGCUUCCUAAUGAUUUGGUACAAUGAAACUGCAAUUUAGCC